GUGGCUGGAGUUUUCUGCCAAGUUGAUUGAGCAAGUUCACGUCCUCCAACAGUUUGGCUUUUGAUCUGGGGCUUCUGUCUCUGUCCCGAGAAUAGAGAGCAGGGCAGCAGAAUUCUCUUGCUCAGGCAGGAAAGAGGAUCAGCUAUGGAGCUCCUCCUGGUAGGAGCGAUUUUGGGGGCCCUAGGAGUCUCCACAGCAACACUCCCAGGCUCAGAAUCCCCCCCGGCGCUGCUCCCCCGGAACAUAGCCAGGAUGGCCGUCGAAGAAUACAACCAGGAAUCGGGCGGGCAAGCCGUAUUCAGGCUGUGGAAGAUCAGAAGCACGCGCAAAACAGUAAGUAUGACGGGUUCGAUUCUCUGAAACGUUCUCCUGUUCAGGGGUGGGCAGAUCUGUCACUUUCAGUUUAUUUCCAUUGCUCAUCUUUCCUUUAAAAAAAAAAAAAUUAUUGGAAAUUUUAUUUACAACAUAACACAAACCCCCCACCCACCCCAAUACAGAAAUACAAUAAGCAUAACAUACAACAAUACAAACAACCAAAUAAAAGACUUCCUUUAUGCUGUAUCUGUCCUCCUUAUUUACUUCUUAUAAGCUGUUUCCUUUAUGAAUAAUUAUUAAGAUUUUUCUAAUUAUAACUUAAAUAUCCAUAAAGUCUCCUGCAGACAUUAAUCAAAACAAGUCCAGGUUUGUAUUUUAGGGCACUGUUUUGUGAAGUAUUCUCUGCGUUUUCCCCAUGCUUUUUGAAACUCUUUUCUAGUGUGAUCUCUAAUGACCUCUGUUAGAUAGAUAGCCAGUUCAAUAAACUCUAACAGUUUGUCUUGCCAUUCCUUUUUUGUUGGCACAAUUUCUUUUUUCCAGUUCUUAGCAGUUAGGAUCCUUGCCUUGGCAUAGAGGAAUAUUUUCUGAUCUUGCUAUACCUGUGUCCGUUAUCCCUAGUAGAAAAGCUUCUGUAUUUUUCAUAAAGUUAUACUUAAACAUUUUUUCAAGCUCAUCAUAUACUAUAUUCCAGAAGCUUUUGAUUUUUUCACAGGUCCACCAAACAUGUGUAAGUGUCCCCUCUGUUUUACCAUACCUCCAGCACAGAUUUGUUUUUGUCUUAUACAUUUUAGCUAUUUUGGUAGGUGUUAAGUACCAUCUAUAAAACAUCUUGAUUAGAUUUUCCCUCAAUACUUCAUAGGCUGUAAAUUUCCAGUUCUUUCUCCAUAGUUCUUCCCAUGUUUAUCUUUCCAAUCAUACCUUCAGUGCUCCAGAUGAAAAUUCAGCACUUUGGUGCCAAUCUUUCCUUAUUUGCACAUUUCCUCUGUUUCUCAUUCUUGCAAUAAUAAUAAUAAUAAUCCUGAAAUUUUUAUCGUCACUUUAGUGCAAAUCUCUCCCAACAAAGCAUAUUUUGCAAAGCAAUUUCCUGUCUUUACAACAGAAAGUGCAAGGACAACAUGCAAGCUUGUCUUUCUAAAUAACUUUUGACAUGGAUGUUAGGAUCCCAGUAAGGGAAAAACUGGUGGAGGGGUAUACAUUUGUCUUUGCACUAUAAGAACCUGUAGACUUUGGCUGUUGUGGAAACAGCAACACAUAAACAGUGUGUUUCCAGAGGGAUGGAGGGUCGAAAAAGCUUUUAUGUCAACUGGAGGGAUUUUAUUUCCUCUGUUCCACGUCACCAUCCAUGUCAGCUCAGGGAAUAUGGAUGCUGUCAGGGAACUGACAUCGGAGCCAGAGGCGGAGGCUAGGCUCUCAAGCGAUGCUGGAGAAGGGCCCAGCAGGGAGAGAGGCAGCUCAGCAGAUGGGGAAGGAAAUCAGCGUAACACCAGGGAUAAAGGGGGGCAGAUGGGGGAAUCGGCGAAGGGGCUCCAGGACUCAUCACUGGAGACCAGCAAGGAGAGCACGGGUCCUCCGCUACCCACACCCUCCCUGCGCAGAAGACUUCCGCGCAGGGAGAGUAGGAGGAGACUUGGGGUCAAACAGCUUUUAUGCUGGAAAAGGUUUAAGAAACGCCCACUGACAGAUUCUGCUAGCGACUGAACAGCCAUGAAGUGAAGGGCUGUCCAGACAGAAAAGGUUUAACAAGGCAACCUAGCCAGGAGUGGCACCAACUUACGCACGAGCAACCCCUACAUUUAUUACAGAUGCCUUGAUUUAUUUUGGUGUGUCACAAUUUCUUCCUCUUAUUACUUACUGUUUGUUUGCUUUGUAUCUGGCGUGGUGUAAUGUCCUGCUACUACAACUUUGGGUUGUUAGUAAUGGUCAUUAUAGAAUCCUAGAAUUGGAGAAGAGAAGGGACCCUGGCAGCUAUCUAGUCCAACCCCCUGGGAUGCAGGAACUCCUGAUUAUGUCACAAGAAAAUUUUUUAAAAAAAGAAAUAGGAGUUCAGGGGAAGGGUUGAAGGGGGGGGUUAAGGACGGGAACCAAAAAGCUAAUGCACAUUAAUGGUUUCAAAUGCAGAGGGAAGGAGCAAUUUUAAGCCGCUAAUCUGAUCAUACCUUUAAAUUCAAACAGAUUUUCUAAUCCUAUGAGGCCUUGAUAAAUCUGUUAAGUGUUCACAUCGCCGCAUAUCUUUUUCCUGCCUUCGCUUUUAAACAGCCCCCGUUAAACUCUCUGUAACUCCACACGAAGAGCAGCAACUGAAUUCCUGUUAACACUUUGUUUAUGCUGCUUUUAUAAAAAAUGCAACCAUUUCCCUGGCGCUCCAGCGACUGACUCACUAACUCGCUCAUUCCCUAUUGCCAAAAACUUAUGGGGAGAUUAUGGAGGAAGACUGGCUGGGGCCCAACUGAGGGAAGAAGUCCUUUUCUUGUUCAUCUUAUGCAUCAGCUAGAAAAUGCUUCAGAACUUUUCCUGCAUCCCUCCAAAAAGGUAGAGGGAAAGACUGUAGAUUGCAAGCUCCUUGAAGGCAGAGACCUGCCUCUCUGUCAGGAGCGAGCCAGCAAUAAAUCACACACAGAAAGUGGAGUUAACUCUUUAUUAGAAGAAACAGGAUCUGCUCAGGAGUGCCGGGCCUAAUGUUGUAAACAAAAUCUGCCCUUUUCCCUUAUGGGGUAUCCAAGAGCCCAUAUAGAGUCCUUACACAGGUUCCCUAAUGGUAGGAGAAAAUAACAGAGGCCAACCAGAGAAUAUUGAGAAGCAAAGCAGCUAGUAAGCCUGAUCUUUAUUGAUCUGUUGCAACAGGGUCCUCACUCACCACACAAAGGAGGGAGGAGGAACCCAGAAAAAUGGCAUGCAAGGCCUUAUAUAGACAUUUGAAAUUCUCUGCCCUCAAGCUCAAGACCACCCCUCCAUACAUCAUACAUACAUCACAGAAGGGGUGUAACCUAAGACCACCCCCCAGAUACAUCAUACCUACAUCACAGAAAAGGCGGUCUAAAAGAGAAAUCUAAGUGACUUGUUUAUCUCGUCUGAUGGGUUACCUGUUUAAUGAUCACUUGAUUGGAUUGCCUGCUUACUUGAUUGGAUACCCUGGGGAGCCUGGCCAGUCUUUUGUAAUGAUAAAUACUUGUUGUUGUUGUUUAGUCGUUUAGUCGUGUCCGACUCUUUGUGACCCCAUGGGCCAGAGCACGCCAGGCACUCCUGUCUUCCACUGCCUCCUCCAGUUUGGUCAAACUCAUGCUGGUAGCUUCGAGAACACUGUCCAACCAUCUCGUCCUCUGUCGCCCCCUUCUCCUUGUGCCCUCCAUCUUUCCCAACAUCAGGGUCUUUUCCUGGGAGUCUUCUCUUCUCAUGGGGUGGCCAAAGUAUUGGAGCCUCAGCUUCAGGAUCUGUCCUUCCAGUGAGCACUCAGGGCUGGUUUCCCUAAGAAUGGAUCGGUUUGAUCUUCUUGCAGUCCAUGGGACUCUCAAGAGUCUCCUCCAGCACCAGAAUUCAAAAGCAUCCAUUCUUCGGCGAUCAGCCUUCUUGAUGGUCCAGCUCUCACUUCCAUACAUCACUACUGGGAAAACCAGAGCUUUAACUAUAUGGACCUUUGUUGGCAAGGUGAUGUCUCUGCUUUUUAAGAUGCUGUCUAGAUUUGUCAUAGGUUUGUCAUUGAUAAAUACUUAGUAAUGAUAAAUACUUAGUUCCUGAGUCAGGUCAUAGGCUCACCCUAUUCAAACACAGACAAACUCUCUCACCCAGGGGUGCCAACUUGAAUAAAAUAUUGGGGGGGGGGGGUCAGGUUAGCCUCACCCUGCAUAAUCAAUCACAUAGAAUCAUAGAAUCAUAGAGUUGGAAGAGACCACAAGGGCCAUCGAGUCCAACCCCCUGCCAAGCAGGAAACACCAUCAGAGCACUCCUGACAUAUGGUUGUCAAGCCUCUGCUUAAAGACCUCCAAAGAAGGAGACUCCACCACACUCCUUGGCAGCAAAUUCCACUGUCAAACAGCUCUUACUGUCAGGAAGUUCUUCCUAAUGUUUAGGUGGAAUCGUCUUUCUUGUAGUUUGGAUCCAUUGCUCCGUGUCCGCUUCUCUGGAGCAGCAGAAAACAACCUUUCUGCCUCCUCUAUGUGACAUCCUUUUAUAUAUUGGAACAUGGCUAUCAUAUCACCCCUUAACCUCCUCUUCUCCAGGCUAAACAUGCCCAGCUCCCUUAGCCGUUCCUCAUAAGGCAUCGUUUCCAGGCCGUUGACCAUUUUGGUUGCCCUCCUCUGGACACGUUCCAGUUUGUCAGUGUCCUUCUUGAACUGUGGUGCCCAGAACUGGACACAGUACUCCAGGUGAGGUCUGACCAGAGCAGAAUACAGUGGCACUAUUACUUCCCUUGAUCUAGAUGCUAUACUCCUAUUGAUGCAGCCCAGAAUUGCAUUGGCUUUUGUAGCUGCCGCGUCACACUGUUGGCAUGCACGCACUCCUUGAAUGGCAAUGGCUAUCAACUUUGGGGGGAGCCCAGCCCCCUCAAAUAUAUUAUUGGGGGGGGGCAGUCUGGUGAAACGCUCUGUCACAAGAGACCAGGGCCCUGCGGGAUUUGACAUCUUUCCGCAGGGCCUGCAAGACGGAGCUGUUCCGCCAGGCUUUUGAUUGGGGUUCAGCCUGACUCCCUUCUUUCUAUGGGACCCUGUAUGUAAGUCGCCUCCUUGGCUCUUUGUAUCGGCCCCCCCCAGCACGGGUGGCCAGGCUUGGUGAACUUUUAAUUCCUUGCCCCUGCUGUUAUGAUUCAUGGGUUCCCACUUAGUUUUAUUUUGAUUUUAAAUGUGGUUCGAAUUGUAUUUAAACUAAUCAUUUGAUUUUGUGUUUUUAAUGUCUUAUAUAUUUGGUGUUAGCAGCCCUGAGGGCAGGGUAUUUUAUUUUUAUUUUAUUAUUAUUAUUAUUAUUAUUAUUAUUAUUAUUAUUAUAUAAAUUUUAUUAGUUUUUUAACAUACCAUUUUCAGCAAUAAUUAAACAUACUUUUACAUCUUAACUCAAUUUUUUGACUUCCAUCAGUCCUGUCUGAAAAUUUUCCAGUCUAAUCUCUCAGUAUGCAUUUUCCCUAUUACAUUUCAAACUCAUAACUAAUAUCUCUAUCCUUUUUCUGCUUUGUAACACUUUGUAUAUUUCUCCUUACAAAACGUCUUGCAGUCCUACUAGCGUAAUUUGUCGAUUACAGUCGCUCUUCAAAUAAUUCAUAUACUUCUUCCAAUCUUCUGUAAAUCUCUGGUCCCGCAGGUUUCGAAUCCUUCCUGUCAUUUUGUCCCAUUCUGCAUAGUCCAUUAAUUUCGUCUGCCAUUCUUCUUUCGUUGGAAUUUCUUCUUGCUUCCAAUUUUAUUAUUUAUUAUUUAUUUAUUUAUUUAUUUAUUUAUUUAUUUAUUUAUUAUUCUAUUCCAUAGAGAUUUGACUGGGGGUUUCACUUCAGCAUGGACUUCACCAUCAAGGAGACCCUCUGUCAGAAAACGGGCAAGUACAGGAUUGGAGACUGCAAAUACAAACCGAAUGGGGUGAGUGACAGGGUUGGGCUCUGGUUCAAAUACCGUAUUUUUCGCUCUAUAAGACGCACCAGACCACAAGACGCACCUAGUUUUUGGAGGAGGAAAACAAGAAAAAAAAAUAUUCUGAAUCUCAGAAGCCAAAACAGCAAGAGGGAUCGCUGCGCAGCGAAAGCAGCAAUCCCUCUUGCUGUUCCGGCUUCUGGGAUAGCUGAGCAGCCUGCAUUCGCUCCAUAAGACGCACACACAUUUCCCCUUACUUUUUAGGAGGGAAAAGGUGAGUCUUAUAGAGCAAAAAAUACGGUACCUGAUGCAUGUGGUCCUGCCUCCAGAUGCUGCUGUUGUUGCUAAACUGGAACACCCCCCCAAUCAUUCAGUUUGUAGAAACACGACACACACACACGACAUACGAGACGCUUCUGUUAUAAAUUCGUAGAAAAUCAGCCGUACAUUGGAUCUGUACCGUUCCACUUUUAUUUUACACCAUGAAGGAAGGGCUAUCAAAGGGGGGAGACUUGACACAAGGCAGCCAUAACCCCCCAAGCGUACCAACAGGUCCGCAGCGAGCCCUACCCAGUUGGCAUGCCAACCUUGAUGGUCCUAGACAGAAGAUCAUUACACUCGCAAAGGAUCUGCAUAUGGAAGUGGAUUCAGUACGGACUGAAACCAAGGACAGGGACCAGCCCUUCCCUCUGGGGGCAGGAAACUGCGAACUCCUCUUUGUCCUCUGGAAAGUACUCAUGGGGAGGGGGAAAGGAGGAAACGGACAGGUGACAAGACACUCAGGUUACCACCACAACUCCUCCCUCAACCCCUCCUUUUUGUGAUGUGUCAAGGAUGUAGUCUUAGGGGUGUAGCAUGGGGAAUUAGUAGCUGAUAAAAGUUGGGGUCUUCUUUUGUUUGUGGCUUCCACCUUUUUCCACCUUGUGGCAGGUGGGAGUCCUGUCGCGACAAUCUUCAAUAAAGACCAAGUCUACUGGCUGCUGUUUUGCUCUGGUAUUCCUGGCUGGUGUCCUUGUUUUUUGUCCAAGGGAGCCCUCAGAUUUCUCCGUUAACAAAACUAUAACUCCCAUUGUCCCUGGCCAUUGGCCACAUUUGCCGGGGCUGAUGGGAGUCCAACAGCUUCUGUGGGGGGCGGGCACAAUGCAUGUCCCUCAAACUGGCAGAGGAAGGUGGGUGUAGACCACCAUGGGUGUCAUCCCUGAGGAGGGGGGGUAACAUUGCCAUCCCGCUCCCUGGGAUGUUCGCCGUGGGCGGGGCCUCCCUAGGACACUCACGCCGCCCCCAGGUGCACAGCUAGCUCUAGCUCCGCCUCUGGGUCCCCCUCUUUGGUCUAGAACAGGCACGUCCAACAGGUAGAUCGUGUUCUACCGGGAGAUCACUGGACGUUUGUGGCAGAUCACCAGUAGAUCACUGUCUCCCCCCCAAAAAAGCUCCCCUAAAAAAAGCUCAAGAACUUUGACCUGAACCCCUAAAAAUGGGCCUUCUCCUUCCUAUAAAGCUCAAAACUUUGACCUGAACCCCCCAAAAAACAGGGCUUUCCUCCUCGUCCCUAAAAAAAAACCUCAAGAACUUUGACCUGAACCCCCAAAAAGGGGUGUAGAUCACUGCCAGUUUUUAACUCUGUGAGUAGAUCGCAGUCUCUUGGGAGUUGGCCACCCCUGGUCUAGAAGCUCAGGCUGAAUCCUAAGAAUCCUGACCCAUUUUCCUCCUCCCCAGACCACCAGGGAUUGUUCUGCCGAGGUCUCAGUUCAUAACUUCAUGCAAGAUUCACCACUGACGUCUGUGAAUUGCCACCCAUUGCAGGUGAGCUGUUUGCCGGCUGAACUGGGACCAUAAAUGGGGUUACUGGGAGUGCGUGGCUAAUUUAAGACUGCCAUACGCCUGGAAUCUUCCUUCCUUCCUUCCUUCCUUGCUUCCUUCCUUCCUUCCUUCCUUCCUUCCUUUCUUCUGCCCUUCCUCCAAAGAUCUCAGGGUGGUUCACAACAUACAGACCCUCUGAGUGUCCCUAUUUUCCAGGAACAGUCCGGGAUUUACAGAAGCCCAGUCCCAGUUUCUGAGUUGAUCCCGGAAUGUCCCUCUUUCCCUUAGGGCAUCCCUAUUUUCUUUGGAGAAAUGCUGGAGGGUUUGAACGUAUUGGAUGCUUUGAUUCAAUCCCUGUGCUGCCUGUUUUGUUUGUGUUUUUUAUCGCGAAACGGAAGCGGAAGAAGACCUCUGUUGACUCUUCCUCUCAUUCUUCCGAAUCUUUGCAGGCAAACAACCCCAACAGCAGGAACGCCAGACCCCAAGCGAUGGAGGCCGCCCAGCCCAGAAUAUUUGUGGAGCAGUAUUUCCCAUCUUCCUUUUCAACUGCAGCUCUGACAGCCCCCGAAGAAGAGUAAAAACACCCCCUUGCCCUCAUCCGCCAAGCUGAGCAUCCCUCUUGGAGUUCGAACCUUUCCGAAAUCGCUUUGGUCCCAUGGACAUUUGAUUUUCCGAGCUCAUUUGGCUGGUUAGAAUAUUACUGUAGACUCGUGCUAUCCAAAUAUUAUUGUUAUUCUAGGAUGCCGCUGAGGUUUCUGUGUGUUUUAAAUGCAGUGGUACCUCGGGUUAAGUACUUAAUUCGUUCCAGAGGUCCGUUCUUAACCUGAAACUGUUCUUAACCUGAAGCACCACUUUAGCUAAUGGGGCCUCCCGCUGCCACUGCGCCGCCAGAGCACGAUUUCUGUUCUCAUCCUGAAGCAAAGUUCUUAACCUGAAGCACUAUUUCUGGGUUAGCGGAGUCUGUAACCUGAAGCGUAUGUAACCCGAGGUACCACUGUGUUGCCUGUUAGCAACAUACAAAGGGACCGCUUAUAGACGCAGACUUUCUUUGGAUAAAUAGAAUGAUACUUGGAAUGUGGGACGCGGGUGGCGCUGCGGGUUAAACCACAGAGCCUAGGACUUGCCGAUCCGAAGGUCGGUGGUUCGAAUCCCCGCAACGGGGUGAGCUCCCGUUGUUCGGUCCCUGCUCCUGCCAACCUAGCAGUUCGAAAACACAUCAAAGUGCAAGUAGAUAAAUAGGUACCACUCCGGCGGGAAGGUAAACGGCAUUUCUGUGCGCUGCUCUGGUUCGCCAGAAGCGGCUUAAUCCUGCUGGCCACAUGACCCAGAAGCUGUAUGCCGGCUCCCUUGGCCAAUAAAGCGAGAUGAGUGCCGCAACCCCAGAGUCGUCCGCGACUGGACCUAAUGGUCAGGGGUCCCUUUACCUUUACCUAUUAGCAACGUACAAACGGACCGCUUAUAGACGCAGACUUUCUUUGGAUAAAUAUAAUGAUACUUGGAAUGACUUUAUGCAAAAUAUACGAGCUUAUUGAUAAAGGAAUUUGUAUCGGGAUAAUACAACUCUCUACAUUUGUAUACUAACGUGUGGAAACGUAACUGAAAAUUUUAAUUAUUUUUAUAUUCGUUCACUUUUCCACCCUCUUCACCGCUUUUUUUUAUAAGCGAAAUUCUUUUAAUAAAAUAUCAAAUAAAAAUCUAAAAAAUCAUUGAUUUUCUAAACUCAUUUGGCUGGUAGAAUAUUACUGUAGACUCUUUGUAUCCAAAUAUUAUUAGUAUUCUAGGAUGCGACUGAGAGGUGUGUGUGUUUUAAAUGUUGCAUUUUUCCAACACCACUGCAAGAGUUUGACAGUCAUUCUGGUUCUCAUAGACCAGGGUUUUCCCAACUUGAAUCUUGUGGGUCGUGGCCUGAAAUAGUGGCUGCUUUUAAUCUUAGUGCAAUAAAUACUUUUUACAACUUUGGGUUUCGUUGGUGUCUUGUAACGCUGCCUCAGUACCUGCAACCCAGCAGCAGAAAGGUUCAAUUUUUACAUUUUAAUGUGGUCUCGGGUGGCAGAUCCGAUGAUGUUUUGCCACAAAUUGCCCAUAAAUUGCUUUGAGUGACGAUUACAACUCGGUUUGCAGGCUCCAUCAGAGGUUAUCUGCAAUAGUCACUCAUGGAAACCUUCAAUAAAAAUGAAUAGUAAUAAUAAAACACCUUUUGCAGCUACCUUGUGGCAAACCAGCUCCAAACCCGUUGCCAGGAUUAGUUAAUAGUUAAUCCAAGGUGGUUGUAUGUGGUUUGCUUAGUCGAAAUAAGAAAUAAUACCAUUGCCCUAUGUGUCAAUAAUGAUCCAAGACUGGAUCUGGCAACAAGCCAACAUUUCAUUGACCUGCACAGUGGCAAAAUGCAAACUCAGCCGUCCCACAGAUACUUGCCACAAUGGACUUUAUCAUCAGGGCAAUUAAAAAAUAUUCAGUUAUAUCUGACAUUGCUUAGGUGACAAUGUUUUUAGAGCUUGUGAAGCAAUAUCCUACAACCAGACGGUUGGUGUUCUUGCUGUGAAGAGUUUUGUAAGUACUGUAAAUACUUUGACAAAUUCCACAUGACUAGGGAGGCAGAGUAAAAUUGGCCUGGAUUCCUCCGGCGCACUGGUUAUAAAAUGAGCAAGUCUGCGGUUAAAAUGCACACGGUCGACGGGACCCAAAGACCUAUGGCAAAAAAAAUUCCACAUGACAAUAAAAUGCUGGGUUGAGCCCAAGAAAGAUGUUAAAUUAUUUUUGUAUGCCACAACGGCCGCCCAAAUAUUACUUGCUAAAAAUUGGAAAACACAAGAACUACCAACAGUGGAAGAUUGGCAGAUGAAGAUGAUGGACUUUUCGGAGCUAGCUGACCUGACCAGAAGAAUCCGUGACCAGAAAGAAGAGGAGUUCCAAGAGGACUGGAGGAAAUUUAAGGACUAUUUGAAUAAAUAUUGUAAUAUAAAAAUUAGAAACUACUUGAAAGAAACAAAUAGGCCUAGGAUUAAAUUAAGUUAUAAUUAAAUAAAUGGGAUUUAGAAUGUUAAGAAAAGUGAAUAAGAUGGACUAUAAUUGGAAAUUGUUUUAGUUUAAUAAUGAUAUUAGAAAGCUGUUACUUUUAAUUACAAGGAAACUCAGAAGGGAGGGAUUUGAGGAAGUCAACCCAGAUGUUUAAAAGGUUGGAUUUGUGAAGAAUUAAGUUAGUUGUUAUUGUUUAUAUGUUUAUUGUCCCUUCUUUUUUCUUUUUUCUGUUUCUUAUUUUUUCUUUUUCUGCUUUUGUGUAUCAUCUUGCUUUGUGGUUUGUGUUAUCACGGUGGAAAAUCUAAUAAAAAAAUUAUUUU